GUACCUCACGCUCUACGAUCCAAUUCGUGUGUUGGAACCCUCUACAACGAAGACGACGAAUUGGGGGCGAUUUGGUUUCAUAAAUCCUCCGCUCAGAUAACUCUGACAAAUUUUUGUAACAACAUACUGUGUUUGUAUGAUUAUGUGUUAGAUUUGGCUUUUCGUCGGGGGUAUUGGGUGAUUUAUCCGGUUGCGAUCGGAGUAAAGUAAUGAAGGGGUGGAGAGAGGCAUCCGGAUCAAGACAAAGCAGCGACAGUGCAUCCGCUGGUACGCCGCUGGGUAUUGACAGGAACCUCUCGUCGAACACCAUCCGACUUGGUCGAGUUCAACCCCAGGCGCCAGGUCACCGCACUGUUUUCUGCAACGAUCGCGAAGCCAACCAACUCGCGAAAUACAAGGGAAAUUCUGUAUCAACAACAAAGUACAAUGUUGCUACCUUUUUACCAAAGGGGCUCUACGAACAGUUUAGGAGGGUGGCUAACCUGUACUUUCUUACAAUCUCUUGUUUAUCAUUUACACCUGUCAGUCCUGUUAGUCCAAUCACAAAUGUUAUUCCACUUAGUCUUGUGCUUUUUGUAUCUCUUGUCAAGGAGGCAUUUGAAGACUGGAAACGUCUUCAAAAUGAUAUGACAAUAAAUAAUACAGCUGUUGAUGUGCUUCAAGAUCAAAGGUGGGAAUCCAUUCCCUGGAAGAAGUUACAGGUUGGAGAUGUUGUCAGAGUGAAGCAGGACACUUUCUUUCCAGCUGAUUUGCUACUCCUUGCAAGUACAAAUACUGAUGGUGUCUGUUAUACUGAGACUGCAAAUCUAGAUGGUGAAACAAAUCUUAAGAUCAGGAAAGCUUUGGAGAAGACAUGGGAUUAUUUGACUCCUGAGAAAGCCUCAGAAUUUAAAGGUGAAAUACAUUGUGAACAACCAAACAAUUCGCUCUAUACCUUCACUGGAAAUUUGCUACUUCAAAAGCAAACUUUACCCAUUGGUCCAAAUCAUAUUCUGUUGCGAGGAUGCAGUCUACGUAACACAGAGUACAUUGUUGGGACUGUAAUCUUUACUGGACACGAGACAAAGGUAAUGAUGAAUUCCAUGAAUGUUCCUUCCAAGAGGAGUACACUUGAGAGGAAACUUGACAAAGUAAUAGCCACACUUUUUGGUGUUCUUCUCUCCUUGUGUUUAAUUGGUGCCAUAGGCAGUGCUGUAUUUGUAAAUAACAAGUAUCACUACUUAAUGCUUUGGGUUAAUGGUGAUUCUCAACAGUUCAAUCCAAGCAACAGAUUUGUGGUUUUUAUUUUAAGUAUCUUUACCCUUAUUACACUGUAUUCGCCAAUUAUUCCAAUUUCUCUUUAUGUUUCUAUCGAGAUGAUCAAAUUUAUCCAGUCAACUAAGUUUAUAAACAACGACUUGAGGAUGUAUCAUAGUGAAACAAAUACCCCUGCGUUAGCACGCACAUCAAAUCUAAAUGAGGAACUUGGACAGGUGGAGUAUAUUUUUUCUGAUAAAACGGGAACUUUGACAAGAAACUUGAUGGAGUUUUUUAAAUGUUCAAUUGCUGGAGGGACUUAUGGAUCUGGUGUUACUGAAAUAGAAAUGGGAGCAGCAAGGAGGAAUGGUGUAAAUGUUAAGGAGGUACAAAAAACAUCUAAUACAGCACGUGAAAAGGGUUUCAAUUUUGAUGAUAGUAGACUCAUGCUUGGUUCUUGGAGAAAUGAACCUAAUCCUGAAAUGUGCAAGGAAUUUUUCAGAUGCCUUGCUAUAUGCCAUACUGUACUCCCUGAAGGUGAGGAAUCCCCAGAAAAACUUCGAUAUCAAGCUGCAUCUCCAGAUGAAGCUGCUUUAGUCACUGCAGCAAAAAAUUUUGGCUUCUUUUUCUACAGGCGUACACCUACUCAGAUUUAUGUUCGUGAAUCACAUGUUCAAAAAAUGGGAUCCGUUCAAGAUUGCAAAUAUGAAAUCUUGAAUGUCCUUGAGUUUAACAGUACAAGGAAACGUCAAUCUGUUGUUUGUCGUUAUGAAGAUGGAAGGCUUGUAUUAUACUGCAAGGGAGCUGAUAAUGUUAUUUUUGAGAGAUUAGCAAGUGGAAAUGAUGAAUUAAAGAAAGUUUCACGUGAACAUUUGGAGCAAUAUGGAGAAGCUGGAUUGCGAACUCUUUGUUUGGCCUAUAAGGAUUUAAGUCCAGACAUGUAUGAAACUUGGAAUGAGAAAUUUAUCCAGUCAAAAUCUGCCUUACGAGAUCGUGAAAGAAAAUUGGAUGAGGUGGCGGAAUUAAUAGAAAAUGAUCUUACUUUAAUUGGAUGCACGGCUAUAGAAGACAAACUUCAAGAAGGGGUACCAGCCUGCAUAGAAACUCUUGCUAAAGCUGGAAUUAAGAUCUGGGUGCUUACAGGAGACAAACUGGAAACUGCAAUAAAUAUAGCAUAUGCUUGCAAGUUAAUUAACAAUGACAUGAAACAGUUUGUGAUCAGUUCAGAAACUGAUGCGAUCAGGGACGUUGAGAACAGAGGUGAUCAAGUGGAAAUUGCUCAAUUUAUAAGAGAAACAGUGAAAAAUGAGCUUCACAAGUGCCAUGAAGAAGCACAAAGUAUCAUUCAUGGUUCAACUGGACAGAAGUUGUCCCUUUUGAUAGAUGGAAAGUGUUUGAUGUAUGCUUUAGAUCCAAGUUUGCGCUCAACUUUGCUUAGUUUGAGCUUAAGUUGCAAUUCUGUAGUCUGCUGCCGUGUUUCUCCUCUACAAAAGGCACAGGUGACAAGACUGGUGAGAAAAGGUGCAAAUAAAAUAACACUAAGUAUUGGUGAUGGAGCUAAUGAUGUUGGGAUGAUUCAAGCAGCUCAUGUUGGUGUUGGGAUAAGUGGUUUGGAAGGAAUGCAGGCAGUGAUGUUUUGGUACACCUUCCAAACUGGCUACUCUGGUCAAAGAUUCUAUGAUGAUUGGUUCCAGUCGCUCUAUAAUGUUUUUUUUACUGCCUUACCUGUCAUCAUUGUUGGACUCCUUGAUAAGGAUGUGAGUGCAUUACUGUCGAAAAAGUACCCACAGCUAUACAAAGAAGGAAUACAAGAUGCAUACUUCAAUUGGAAAGUUGUGGGGACUUUAGCUUGCUUUUCAGUUUACCAAUCAGUAGUUGUCUACAACUUUGCUGUGUUUUCAAGUACAACCGGUUUAACCUCAGCUGGAAAGAUGUUAGGGCUGUGGGAUAUCAGCUCAACCGCAUUCACAUGCCUUGUCAUAACUGUCAAUUUACGUCUUCUUAUGAUGUGCAACACUGUCACAAGGUGGCACACUAUAAGUAUUGGAGCCAGCAUUCUUGCAUGGUUCGCCUUCAUCUUCAUAUACUCCAUUGUCUUUGUAAAUAAGGGGACGUAUUUCACCAUUUAUGUGCUCAUGAGCACUCCCUACUUCUACCUGUUAACCAUUCUUGUCCCCAUUGUUGCUCUUUUGGGUGACUUUUUGUACCAAGGGGUACAAAGAUGGUUCUACCCGUACGAUUACCAAAUCGUUCAAGAAAUCCACAGACACGAGCCGGAGUCAAUCGGGGCGGGAUUAUUAGAAGUCGGGAACCAGUUAACUCCAGAAGAAGAAAGGCGAUACGCGUUUGCUCUACUUCCAAGAGAAAAGUCAAAGCACACAGGUUUUGCGUUUGACUCACCGGGAUACGAGUCCUUUUUCGCUACACAACAAGGAGUAACUGUUCCUCAAAAGGCAUGGGAUGUCAUCAGACGUGCCAGCAUGAAACCUAAGAGAUCAACUCGAGAUAGUCGCUCUUAGAAUUUGUACACCAAAAAAAAAAAAAAAAAAGAACAAAAAAUUAGGGGAUUAUUAUGUACUUUUUUGAGGUUUGUUUUUUUUUUGGGAUAUUUUUGUAAGUUUGAACAGAUGUAUAAUUUGAUGGGAGUAGAACCUUAUUAGAGUGAUAUUAAUAGUCUUGAUUCUUUUA